AUGAAGGAAAUAGAGGGUGCAAAAUGCGAAACGGAAUCCAAGGAGAUCAUACAUGCUAAGGCUCCAACAACCAGUGAGACUAUCUCUCACGGGAAAGGCAUGCCACGGUCCUCACGACCACCAAAGCACACAUCCUCACCCGAAGUCUUCACUUUUGAGCUGAGACGAUCGAAGCGGCUACGUCGCAUGAUUUGA